UAAAGCUGAUUCGAAGCAGAACGUUCUAAGGUGAACAUGAAGGUCCUCGGAAACAUUCCACUGAUAGUUUUUCUGGCGUAUUUCAGCCUGUGUGACGGGCUCCAGAGAGCACCCAGAAUCACAACACUGCUCGAGACAGUGGACGCCUCUCUGGAUCAUAACACUACUUUCAUCUGUGAGGUUGAUUCAUACCCUCAAGCUGAUAUUACAUGGACGCGGAAUAACUACCCAAUACGGUAUUACGAUUCCAGAUACACCAUACGAGAAAAUGGCCAAAUGCUGAUCAUUCCCAAUGUAAAGGAUUCAGACAAUGGAGAAUACUGUUGCGCAAGAUUAGUUCAGAUUGUACAAUGUCAUGUGGUGCAACUCACCAAAACGUAA